UGAGUUAGGCGCGCGACCGAGCAGGCGGCUUUAAAAGUGGUUGGCUCAUUCUUAGCGAGUUCUCUUCUUCUUCUUUAGUAUCGUGAGCGCACACGCUGAGUGAGACGCGCUCCCGCGCUCCCGACUGUCAACGCUGAAGGGAAGAGGAAAACCGGCCCACUUAGGAAAAAGAGGCCCCGCCCAGCUAGCGCCUUAUUAGCAUAGUCACGUCUUGAUUGGCCUUUCUCUCACUAAGGCGUUUAGUUCAGUGUGCCGGCUGCUGCGCAUGGUCAAAGAUGGAGCGGGGCCGAGCAUGCGCAAUAGUGCGAAAAGGCCAACAGGGUGGUCAUGAUGGAUUUGGGCAACGUUGGCCGGAAUACUGCAGCAGGCUCCUGGGAACGCGGCGAGCACCAUAAAAAAGUUCCGAGACUCGGGAGAAGCACUUCAUGGAUGCUAUACAGGCAUAUGCAAAGUUAUGCAAAUUUCAUAAAAGCCAAUUGGAUGCAAUUUUGCAGACCUCCUUUGCUGGAGCACCGGUGUGUCUGCCAAGCUUCCUUUGGUCACCAUGGCAGCGAAGAAGGACGGUUGCCUAGCGACACAAGGAGCCCCAACCUGUGCCAGCUGGGAUAGGCUGGCCGAAAAGCCAGUGCCUCUUCCCCCUCCUCGUGCAUUGGCUGCUUGGAAUGACACUCUUGCAAAGAGUGUUUAGUUAACUGCCCACAGAUUAACUUGUGAGAACCUGGGAGAAAGGCAGAAGAAACAUUUCACUCCCAGGCUGUGGAGAACGCGCAAGGAUGGCCCCCACCAAAAAAGGGAAGGGGAAAAAAUCAGCAAAGCAGAAGAAAAACACUGGGCCAGAUGAGGAAAAGUACAGAAAAGCAGUGCUGGAGGUUGAUACCUUAAAGCAGUACCUUGUUCUCCGGAGGGAUAUGGCCAGGCAGGCGAUGGCUGACAGUGAAGGACUCAAGCAGAUGCUGCUAGAUCUGGAGAAAGAACUGGAGGAGGCUCGAGGGGACAAAAAAGAUAUUUAUGAAGAGAUGAUCCGCAAGUACCAGCAGCUUCAGCACCAGACUGAUACCCGGAUCCAUUGCUUAGAAGCAGAGACGCAGAACUUGCAAGCACAACUUGCUGCCUGCCAAGGUGAUCUGCUACAAAGCCAGCUGGACCAGGCAAGGAUGCUGGAAGAGAAGGACAAGGCCGUGGCUGAGAUGCAGCGCAAGGUUGACGAGAUGGAGACAGAAUAUGAAAAAAUCCUGCAUGGUAGCCUGGACUGCGUCCUCUCCAAACUGCAAAGUGCCAAGCUCACCUGGGAGAAGGAGGCUACUGUCAUCCACAUGGACUAUAAGCACCAGCUGAAGGACUUUGGUCUUAAUCCAUUGUACAUCUGAAGGGAGGGGUCAUCAGAGCAUGGGCCACCUACCACCUACCUAAUCCUCAACUCGUUUUGAUAUUGUGACUUAAGCUGCUAUCAUCCCCCAAAUGUGGAGGAAUAAUAAAGAGUGUGUCUGAGCGCA